CAAAAACUUGAAGUGAUAUGUCUAUAAAGUCUAGUGUAAAUCAUGGAAUUAAUAAUAAAUAUGGCAUUAGAAUUUGUCACUUUUUUAAUAGUUUGUCAAUAUGUAUCCCCAUUUACAUGUUACAUGAUUAUAAAUUUGUUGUACAAAAAAAUUGGAUUUUUAAGAAGGAAACAGUUAAUACCUCUGCUAAUGGCGCCUCACAGUUGUAAGGGUUGUUUAAGAGAUAUAAUUGCAUCAAGAAUGUCUAAAAAAACUGAUAGUCCUGAUACACCAAUGGAUAUAAAUGGAAUAGAGGAUACUUCUCAUAAUCCAUCAAUGCCAUGGUUUGGUAUGGACAUAGGUGGCUCCCUCUGCAAAUUAGUCUACUUCGAACCGAAGGAAAUUCUAAGAGGUGAAUCGGCAACUGAAUUGGAAACUAUAAGAAACAUUAGGCGAUAUCUAACAAAGAAUUCUGCUUAUGGAAAAACGGGACACAGAGAUAUGCAUUUACAAAUGGAGAACGUUAAAAUUAGGGGGAUAAUGGGUACUUUACAUUUCAUUAGAUUUCCAACUUGCGAAAUGAGGAACUUCUUAUCGUUGGCAAAAUACAAAGGAAUGGCAAAAUUGGUAUCCACAGUAUCGGCAACAGGAGGCGGUGCAUAUAAAUUUGAAGAAGAUUUCAAACGAGAAGUGAAUUUAAAGUUAGCGAAAUUUGACGAAUUCGAUUCGUUAUUGACCGGCAUACACUACAUAGAUAGAAACAAUCCUUCGGAGUGUUAUUAUUGGACGGAUGCUACAGAUGAAAGUAAAUGUGCCAAAGUAAAUUACGAUUUUUCGAGUCCAUAUCCUUUUCUUAUUGUUAAUAUUGGCUCCGGAGUCAGCGUAUUAGCUGUAUACUCUGCAACGAAUUAUAAACGAAUUUCCGGUACAAGUUUAGGAGGAGGUACAUUCCUGGGGCUGUGUUGCCUAUUAACCGGUUGCAACACAUUCGAAGAGGCAAUAGGAUUGGCAGCUGAAGGUGAUAAUAGAAACGUCGAUAAACUAGUUAGAGAUAUAUAUGGCGGCGAUUACGAGAGAUUCGGUCUUCCUGGCGAUCUAGUAGCCAGUAGCUUUGGACAAAUGAAUUCGAAGGAGCGACGAAGCAAAGUCAGCAAACAGGACCUGGCCAAGGCGACUCUGGUCACCAUCACCAACAACAUCGGUUCGAUAGCGAGAAUGUGCGCUCUUCAAGAAAGAAUCGACAGGGUGGUGUUUAUUGGGAACUUUUUGAGAGUGAAUCCGAUAGCCAUGAAACUGCUCGCAUACGCUAUGGAUUACUGGUCGAAUGGCACAAUGAAAGCUCUAUUUUUAGAGCACGAAGGUUACUUUGGAGCCGUAGGGUGCCUACUUCAGUUCCAUGAAGAAGGAAAAAGUUGAAAAUAGGAAACGAAGAAGUAAUUCAUUGCACAUAUAUCAAGAAAAAUCUAUAUGAAGCUAGUUUUAUAACAUAAAAUGUAUUUAUUUGUAUUCGAAGAAGGUAGAUGUCAUAUCAAUAUAAAUAAAGUUAAUAUAUUUAAUGUAACGCUAAUAAAUGCAUGUACUUAAGAUUUAAAGUAAAUAUAAUAAUUGAAAAUACAUUUUAUGUUUUGGAAACUAGACUUACAAAAGAAUUCAUUCUUGUUUUUAAAAACAUUCCUAAAAAAUACUAGAUGAUUUUAAAAUAGUUACUUCGGGAGAAAUGAAAACGGUCUUGAAAUAUACGGCAAAGGUCCAAAAGUUCUCUAUAUCUAGAAAUAAAAUUUUUAGAAUGACCCAAUACCAAAUUUUCCUAAGAUUGCGAACCUGUUCGAAAGAAAACAGAAAAGAGAGAGAGUGAGAAUUUUUGUCCUGAACCCUAUACUAAAAUUAUUAUAUUUAUACAUUAUUUUUAAGGUGUCUUGUACUAAGUUUUUUUUAUUUUUACCAUUUAAAGUCUUCGAAUACUAUUAAAAGAAGAUUAGUAUUAAUAAAUAAAUUUUUGCGUUGUUAGAACUAAUAUACUGUUAAAAUUAUUAAUGUUACAGAUGGAAGGGAUACAGAUUGAAGGGAUUUGUGAAUAAAAGUACUUAAAAAAUGCUAUUUAUAUCCUCUCGGUCCUUCAAUUCUACUAUAUAAAAAUUGGAUAUCUGUUUACUAUUACUUUUUUUCUUCUUGGUAUUAUUGGCGUGUUUAAUUUUUAUAUGAAUAUUUUCAGUUAUUAGACCAGUCGAAUUAAUUCAUUUAGAGGGAAAAUUGGAUUUUGAUAACUGUAAAUUGUAGAGGGGAUGUAAUAAGUAAAAAAAAAUUAAUGCAACCUGGGGGGAUAAAAAAAGGUAUUAUCGUGAUUUCCAGCGAAAGUUGACGUCAUAAACAAAAAUGUAUAGUGCGAAAGUUGUAGAACAAGCAAAAAUUUACAACUUUGUAGAGGGCACUUUUAACGUAACCUCAAAAUUUUCGAUAAAAAUGCAAAAGUUCGUUCGAUUUUUUUUGUUUCUUAUUUUUCAUAUCUCAAAAAAUACCCAGCAAACAUUUUGUAUAGGGCAAUAAAAGGCCCAAUAACUGUUACCCUCCAGUUGUAAUAAUGGCCAUUUAAUUUUUAUAAUUAAAAGGCCGGCAUAUAUAGAUCACUACGGCCGCCAGUCGGGCUGAAGUCACUUAGCCAUUAAAUCCAGUUAAUAGACCUCCAUUUUCCCUUUAAUGUCUAGAAAUAAAUAUAUUGGCAAUUAAUGGCCUAUUGAUGGGAAGUUAACGGUAAAUUUCUGGCCUUUUACCAUAUUAAUACUGACUGCUGAAUAAAGGCCAUGUAUCAGGCACAUGACCAGGCAGGAUAUUCGAUAGUACCUCUUUGACGAGUAGUACCAUUUGAACUAUAAAUUCUAUACAAAAACAGAAGGCAUUUUAGUAUAGAAUAUUGUAGACAUUUUAUUUAAUUCUGCUAUAUAAUAUAAUAAUACAGAAAACAUGUCUUCUUCAAAAAAUUAUUCAUAAAAUAUUCUAAAUUAACAUGAAAAAUCUGAUGUGACUUUCCUAUCUAGUUAUUAUAGGCUUUUUCCGGUUAGUUUGUACAACCUAUUGCGGCACCUCUAUAAAUGUUUAGAGGAUAAACUAAAUAUAUACAUUUUCCACAUACAUCUAAAUCGAAACAUUUUUCUGUAGAUAUUCAUUGAAAACGAAAAUACUGAAAAAUUUAAAUUUAGCACUUUUCCUUCAAUUUUUCCAAUACGGUCCAUUUUAGAAAAAUCAUAAAAAACAAAAAUUAUAGAGAUCGAUAUCACAAAUAACUUUUAUUUAAACAAUUUUCCUAAAAAUUUGAAUUUUAUUACAUUUUGUCAAAUUUCUCGAA